AUGCUCCACCAGGGUCAGCGCCAUCUUAGUUUGACGGCCAGCAGACGGAGUGACCAAUCAGAAGCCGAUGAACAGUCUCGUGACUCUUCAGGAUACUUCAAAGACAUGAUUUGUCUCGGAAAUUUAUUGAAUGCUGCGAUACGUCAUGUGCUGGUCACGUGGCGUUUGUUGACGGUAGAAGAAAACAUGGCGGCGCGCUGGAGCAGCGAGAACGUGGUGGUGGAGUUUCGGGACGCUCAGGCAACCGCCAUGUCUGUGGACUGCCUGGGCUCCCACGCUGUGCUGUCCGGCCGCCGCUUCCUGUACGUGGUGGACCUGGAGGCUCCAUCAGAGCCCCCCCGUAAGAUUGGACGUCACAGUAAGUGGGAUGUGGGGACGGUCCAGUGGAACCCUCACAGAUCAGAGUCCCACGUCUUCGCCGCCUCGAGUAACCAGCGUGUGGAUCUGUACUCGUGGAAGGACGGCUGUGGAGAAGCCCACACCUCCCUACAGGGACACACUCGGGUCAUCAGUGAUCUGGACUGGUCCUGGUUCGACUCGGAGUUCCUGGUCACCAGCUCUGUGGACACCUACAUCUACAUCUGGGACACCAGAGACACUCGGAAACCGACGGUGGCGCUGUCGGCUGUUGCCGGAGCGUCUCAGGUAAAGUGGAACAGGAAGAACCAGAACCUGCUGGCAUCCAGUCACGAUGGAGACGUCCGGAUCUGGGACAAACGAAAACCCAACACGGCUGUGGAGUAUGUGGCGGCUCACCUGUCCAAGAUCCACGGCCUGGACUGGCACCCGGACAACGAGUUCAUCCUCGCCACGUCCAGCCAGGACAACUCCGUCCGGUUCUGGGAUUUCCGUCAGCCCAGGAAGUACCUGAACAUCCUGUCCUGUCAGGUUCCGGUCUGGAAGGCCCGGUACACGCCAUUCUCCAAUGGUCUGGUCACCGUCAUGGUUCCUCAGCUGAGGAGAGAGAACAGUCUGUUGCUGUGGAGCAUCCUGGACCUCAACAGUCCCGUUCAUGCCUUUGUGGGACACGAUGACGUGGUUCUGGAGUUCCAGUGGAGACCUCAGAAAGAAGGCUCUAAGGACUUCCAGCUCGUCACAUGGUCCAGGGAUCAGACUCUGAGGAUAUGGAGGGUGGAUCCUCAGCUGCAGAAGCUGUGUGUCAACGACAUGGUGGAGGACCUGAUGGAGGGGAUGUCUCUCACUGUGGAGUCGGAGAAGUCUCAGGAGCCCGAGGGCCAGCAGAGUGGGGGCCCCACCGCAGACAGCCGGCAGGAUCAGGAGGGUCGUCUGGACUUGGCAUUGGGUUCAGGACUCACUCAGACUCUGCAGCAGGAGUUCUCCCUGGUCAACCUGCAGAUCAGGAACGUCAACCUGGAGAUGGAUGCCAAGAACCGAACCUGUGUGGUCUCGGCUCAUUUUGGUGGUCAUCAGGUCCACCUGGUGGUCACAUUUCCUGUUCAGUAUCCCAACAACGCUGCGCCCACCUUCCAAUUUGUUUCCCCGACAACCAUCCCGUCCUCCAUGAAGGACAAGAUCCAGAAGAUCCUCAGAGACACGUCUCUCCAGAAGGUCAAGAGGAAUCAGAACUGUCUGGAGCCAUGUGUCCGACAGCUUGUGUCCUGUCUGGAGUCUGACAUGAUGCAGGAGGAAAGUCCAACAUCCGGUCCGUUCAUUCUAUCCAAUCCUGUCACGCCGUCCUUGCAGGCGUUUCCUCGAGUCGCCAACACAUACGGCUCCUAUCAGGACUCCAACAUCCCGUUCCCUCGAACAUCCGGCGCUCGUUUCUGUGGCACCAGUUGUCUGGUUUACUUCACACGACCAAUCACCAUGCACCGCUCUGCCCCGCCCACAGAACCCACUCCUAGGUCCCUGUCGGCACUGUCGGCCUAUCACAGCGGAGUUCUGACUCCGAUGAAGAUGCGUUCAGAGUCUCAGAGCACCCUGAGGCUCUACAGCGGCAGCCCGACCCGGUCUGAUAAAGACACCGUCUCCAUCUCCUCCUUCUACUACAAGGAACGGAAGCUCCCUAUGUCUACCUCCCGCCGCUGGUCUGUUCAAACCCUCCAUGAUUGGCCGAAAUCCCGCCGCUUUAAGACAAAGCGGGAGGGCGUGGACUAUGGCCACCGUCCAAUCAAACUGGCCGGAAAAGUUAUCAUCCAGGAGAUCUCCUGUCUGCUGCCCGUCCAUAAAACGCUGGGAGAAAGCUACAUUCUCAACGUGAACGACAUCCAGGAAACGUGUCAGAAGAACGCUGCAACGGCUCUCGCGGUUGGACGUCGAGACGUGGCGAAGGUUUGGGCACUGGCGUCUGCAGCCACCAGUCAGGACCUGAGUCCAGACUCGGACCCGGACUCCGAGACUCCCUGGGCCAGACACCCGUUUGGACGGCGCUUGUUAGAGACGCUUCUGGAUCACUACAGUCAGAUGAGCGACGUCCAGACUCUCGCUAUGCUGUGCAGCGUUUUCAGGGCUCAGGCUCCGCCUCCAGACUGCUACUCCCUUUAUGGACACCAUUCCUCACGGAUCACCUCAAAUCAUUCCCGAUAUCCCAGCUACACGUCCAGCUCUGUCACGUCGGGCUCCUGCUCCAGCACCUCCGACUCCAUCACCCCUGGCAACUGGAGCACAGUCAGAGACCCCGAGCACACCUGGGGGGAGUCCUCCCCUGACGACUACCGCUCCAGCAACCAGGGCUACACGGAUCCCCGGGAGCGAGAGCGAGAGCAGCAUGACAUGAACAAGAGGCUGUUGGACCCAGCCAACACGCUGCAGUUCGACGACUUUAAAAAGAGUUAUGGUGAGAUCCUCUACCGCUGGGGUCUGCGAGACAAGAGGGCCGACGUUCUGAAGUUUGCUUCCUGUCCUCCUGAACCUCACAAAGGCAUCGAGUUCGGCGUGUACUGCUGCCACUGCCGCAGCCAGGCCCGUGGGACUCAGUGCGCCGUCUGCAAACGCCUGACCUUCCAGUGCGCCAUCUGCCACGUGGCGGUCCGAGGGUCCUCCAACUUCUGUCUGAGCUGCGGACACGGCGGACACACCAGCCACAUGAUGGACUGGUUCCGGCGGCAGGACGAGUGUCCGGCCGGCUGCGGCUGCCACUGCCUGCUGCAGAGCACCUUCUGAUUGGACCUGAGCACCUCUGGAAGAACGUCAAUAUUCAAAUAAAUAAGAAUUUCAAAUAUUUUCUUCUGUUUUUUUCUGGAUAAAAUCUUCAGAUAAAAAUGUUUUUUUUUUUUUUUUUUUGUGAAUUAUUUUCCUGGUUUAAUAAUCCCAGUGGGUGUUGUGUUGAACAUGGACACAGUCCCCUUUACAACCAGCUAGGCCUGCUCACGGAGCUGAACAUGAAGGUAGGUGCCGUCAGAGAUGGACCAGAAUCCCCUCUGAUAUCCUCCUGAUGGUGAGACGGUG